GCAAGUUGCCCGCACCCACCGUGCCUCACUGCGGCUAGGUACCGAGCACCGAGGCCGGCGACGACACCUCCCCGACGGCGAGGGCACGGCGACGACGGCUGAACUGCUCGCGUCCGCGGCCCGCCUGUACGUCUCGCGGAACACACACCGGGUCCGGCACGUCCGCUGACGCGCACCACGCCGACAGAUAAGGGCAAGAGCUCCGAGAGGCCCCGGAGCUGGCAGGGCCGGUCCCGCACCUCCCAGUGCGUCCCGGCGGGUGACAUGGGGAUCACCGCCGUCGCCGCCACUCCCACCGUCCCGGACUCUGCGACACCGCGAUGACGUCCCGCGACCAGCCGGGGGCCGCCGCCGUCAACGGCAUGGACCCCGUCGCCGCCGACGGCCCCGCCGGGGACGCCGAGCGCGACAGGGACGCCCGCCGCGCGCCCGCGCCGCUCGCCCUGGACACGGCGCUGCCGCCCGUGGACGGCGACAUCCACCACUUCCACCCGGCCGCGCCGCCCAGCAAGGACGCCUACCUGGCGCUGCUCAUCACCCUCGUGCUGGAGGCCGCGGUGCCCAGCCUCCAGUGCUACUGGGGCGUUCUGCUUGUCACGUGGGGGGGACGUUCCGGAGCCUCGGCAGCCUCCGCAGCCACCACAGCAGCAGCCAGCGCCACCGCAGCGUCUCUGCUCGACCUCAAGAACACGGGCUUCCUGUGGACGCCCGUACUCUUCUCGGCGUCCUGGAGUGUCGCAGACCCCUGGAGUGAGACGCUGGGCGCUGUCCACGGCCUCCCCGGGCUGUGCUCGCUGGUGGGGUCGCUGCUGCUGUCGGGCGGCAUGUUCCUCACGGCCCUGGGCGCCCUAGUCGCCCCGCAGUCCCCGCUGCUACCCACGCUGGCCGGCAUCGGCGCCGGGAUCGCUUCAGGUGUCGGCGCCAGCCUGCUGUCGCGGUCGGCGCGCCUGGUGCUGGACCAGCGCUGGGGCGUGCGUGCGGGCAUGACGCUGGGCGCGCGCCGCUUCCUGCGCGCGCUGGGGCUGACCAUGGCCCCCCUGCUGGCGCUGUCGCUGAGCCAGGGCCGCAACGGCGCCGCGGGCGCGCUGGGCGCGGCGGCCGCCGCCUGCCUGCCGCUGCUGCUCGCGCCGCUCGUGCUGGCCGCGCCGCGUGCCCGCAGGCCCGAGCCCGCCGACGCCCGCGAGCAGCCCGACAAGUACGAGCGGCUCAAGGAGAUGGCGUGGAGGCUGGGCCCGCGCCGGGAGUCGGAGGCCGACGCGCGAACGGAGAUCUCGGACGACGGCGGCAGCGUCAGCGAGCAGCCCGCGCCGGCGCCGGCGCCGCCCUCAAACCCCGGGCCGCACGCCGUCACCGCCCCCGAGGCCGCCAGGACGACCGUGGUGGCCGAGGUCCACUGCGACGUGGCCGGCGAGCGACAACAGCCCGGCCCCGUCCUCACCCUCAGCCCCGAGGCCACGGCGCGGCUGGGCGGCGGCGGCGCGGCCUCGGCCCCCAACGGCGGGGCCUACGCAGCCCCCGGGGCCGAGGCCGGCGCGCCCCGCCCGCUGUUCGGCGAGGACGGCCAAGCGUGGAACAUCGCCUACUCCUUCGACUGCGACGGCGACGACGACAUCGAGCUGUUCGUGCGGCGGCAGUCACCCCGGAGAGGUGCGCUGGCCCGCUGCUGCGCCGCGCUCGGCCCCCACGCCCGCGGCUGCCGCGCCGACCUGCGCCCCGUGCGCCGGCCCGCCUUCCACCUCGCCCUGUUCACGGUCACCUGCUGCAGGCUCGCCGGCCUGGCCCUCACCGUCCUGCUGCCGUCGCUCGCCCUCGUGCAGAUGGGCGCCCGCGCCAAGGCACACCUCGCUGCGGCCCUCCCCGCCGUGUCCGGGGUAGGCGCCAUGCUCUUCGGGCUGGCGGUGCUCUGGGAGACGUCCUGGGAGUCGCCCUCCGACAGCGGGACCCCCGUCCGCACCCGGAGACGGCUCCUGAGCGCCGUGUCGGCGGUGGCCGCUUCCGGCUUCCUGUUGCUGAGCUGGGGCCACUCCCGGUGGUGGCUGAUGCUGGGCAGCCUGACGGCGGGCUUCGGCACGGCGGGCGCCGUGUGGGCGCAGAGGUUCGCGACCCGCGAGGCCCUCGGGGGCGCGGCCAACUACCGCGCGCAGCCGCUGCUCAGCGUCCUCACCGGGCUCGCAGUCGUGCUCCUCGCGGCGCUCUGCGGUGAGUACCUCAUUUUGUUUUAAUUUUCCGAUGUGUGU